CGCUCUUCCUACGACUUCUUCGUUUUACCGCUUACGGAGAAAAGGAUGCGGGUCGGGGACGGAGGAGUUGGGAACCUGACCGGGUGUAGAGUCAAGAGAAGAAGACCCGGUCGAAGAAGAAGAGUUGGAAUCCUCAGAGGAGCAGUCCUCUGAGGACGAGAUCCUAUCGCUAAACGAAGACAUGGCCGGGAAAGAAAAAAGAGAAGGAAGGGGGAACUUACUUGACUCGGAGGGCUGGAUAGCGAAAGAUAAGGAACUUGACCGGUGAAAGCUCUGAGACUUGAUCGCGGAAAGUGGGCAGAGAGGAGGGGUGGAGGCCCUUAUAUAGGAGGAGAGGAGGCCAAAGGGAGCGACGUGGCCACGCGAGAACACGCCGCGUCAGGCGGCGCAAUGAUGACCCACUGGCAGGCGAAACGGCAGGUCUGCAGCCGACUGAUUGCAACGGUUGGUGCGCGACACGUGGCAAAAGUCAGAGUUUGAAAUUCAAAUUUCAAAAAAUUUUAGGCGGGAAGGGCCAAAAUUUCAAAAUUGGAGUCCUACUUCAGACUUUUUACUUCCCGCUCAUGACAAAUUGCAUGACCGAGAAGUGGAGGGCUUAUUGAUGGGUGUAUUUCACCCAAGACCGGUCAAAGGAGAAGGCCAAAUCUUUGACCGGUCAAUCUCGAAAGUUUUGGAAGGGAGACUUAAAUCGCCAGCAAAACAAUAUAUCAUCGGCCAAAUAAUGACCGGUACACUUCACAAAAAAGUAUACCGGUCAAACUACGUUAUCAUCCUAUUUAUUCCAGAUUUCGAUAAAUUCGUCCCUUGGAGAUUACCCGGUGUAGUUUCUGGGGUUGGGGUGGAAAGUGUCGGCAGAGGAGGAUCUGCGAGGGCUUGGCGUGUAGCGACCCGUGUCAGUAGAGGACAACUGGAGAUGCUGGAGAAUCCAUCCAAGGCACUACUUGACAAAGGGAAUGAUCCCCUUCACAAGGCGACAAGGCAGCUUGAGGACGAAACCAGUCACCUCGCACCACAUCAGCAGCAUGCCCCCAC